CGCAACACGCCAUUAUCGAACCCGAAGCCUUUCAGUAUACCGCUCCGAACCGCUCCGUUGGCGUUCAAUUUUCUCGUACGAACCGCGCAGAGCCGAGCAAAAUCCGAUCAUGUCGUGGAUGGACCCGCCUCCGCAAGACUACUCCGAGAGCAUUACGCUGAGCAAAGAUCAGCUAAAAGUGUUGAGGAAAGCUUUCGAUGCGUUCGACACGGAGAAAUGCGGCAAAAUCACGUGCGACAACAUCAACGUGAUUUUGGACAUGUUGGGCCAUGCCACCGACACCGAGACCGUGAGAAAAAUCGUCUCAGAAAUCGAUCAUCAAGGUACCGGCACGCUGUCGUUCGACGACUUCUGCACGUUGGCGGCGAAGUUCAUGACCGAAGAGGAAGAGGAUUCGGAAGCGAUCAAAACCGAACUCAGAGAAGCGUUCAGGCUCUACGACAAAGAAGGAAACGGUUACAUAACGACCGAAGUGUUAAGAGAAAUACUGUCCGAGCUCGACAAUAACAUGUCCUACGAGGAACUGGACCAGAUGAUCGACGAGAUCGACGCCGACGGAUCCGGCACCGUAGACUUUGACGAAUUUAUGGAGGUUAUGACCGGUUAACUGAAAUAUUGCUGAAAAGGAAAAUAUACAUAACAAUCAAACGAACUUUGAACAAUAUUUGACAAUAUCUUUAUUUAUAUUUUUUUUUCCAAUGCUCAAUAAUUUAGUACAAACGUUUUACAUUUGA